ACAACAUGGCGGAGUCGACCUGAAAGGGAGUAGACUGCAGAUUUCGAUUGAGAUUAGUUUUUUUGGGAACGAUUUGACCACCGAUCAAAAUCGAUCUGGAAUUUUGAGUUUUGAUGUUUGUCGUGUCGUCCUGUCGUUCUACUCCGUUACAUUAUGAACGUUCUAAUAUCUAGCUAGGUUACCUUUCCUGUUUUACUGAGAUGAUUGAUUAACGGAUGAGAUCAGGUAGAGUGGACUUAAGGUGCCACACUUUACCUGAGCUCACCCUAUACUGAACCAAGCUUGAGUUGUUAACAUGAAGUCAGACCAGUUUAUGGUUCUCCAUCUCUGAUGAUAAAUGCAUUUCUUCACCACCUUCCUCACUGUGGUGCUCACGGAGAGCAGCACCAUUGGGACAGGUGUGGAAAAACAGGUGCUAAGAGCUAGACCAAGGCAGCCAUGGCACAUGCUUCCUCAGAUCCAGACUACAGUAAAGCCAUCAACAUUUGGUCUUAAGUUCCAGAAAUGUGCUCAGGUUGAAACAGGAAGUGAGUUUCCCCAGGUGACUUUAUACCUGGUCAUUUCAAAUCCGCCUGAGGGAACUGACCUAUCACAGCUCGGUAUCCGGGAUGCCAUCUCUGACAUCACACUUCUGCAGAAUAAUGGCAACGUGCAAGAGAGAGGAUACCAGACUUUCACCACAGAUUCACUGCCUGCUGGCUCCAAUUAUGUAGUUACGUACAUGGCAAGGGUAAAAGGCAGCAAGACUGAGGUUCUGUUUCUACCAGCGUUCCUGACGUUCUCCAACGCUUCCCAGAAUGACAUAAAUUUAUUUGGCCCAGUAAUAGCGAACUUUACUCUGAGACUAAACACUACUGAAAAGGUCUCUGUGAACCACGCGCUGCACUUUGCUGGAUUCUGCGGAGCGUUUCUGGUCUCCACACUGCUGUUCUCUCUAGCACUGCUGUCUGCCAGCUGUCUCUACAACAAGUGCCAUGCACACUCCCCUCAUAACAGGAGGAAGAGGGGCUUUAGUGGAGGGGCAGAAGCAGAGGAGGCUGUCUGCAACAUAAGUGAGUCAGCGAACGAAGAGGCAACGUUUGAAAAUAAAAUCAUUGACAUUAUGGCACUGGAGGACCCACAGAAUGUGUUCCAAGCACUGGACAAUCUGGAGAUGUCCACUCUGCUGCGAGGGGCUUUAGCGGUGGAGCGUGUAAGGGUACAGGUUGUGAAGGGUUUGUUUGGGGUGCUGCUGGGCAGUUUGGGGGCAGCUGGGCGACGCGUGGUUACCGUGCUUUUGGGCCAGGUGACGGGCAUGGAGGGCAAACUGCAGGAGGAACAGGGGGCACGACUGGCCACACUGGCUGCCCAGUGCACCAUGGAAACACAGCAGGAAAUGGAGACUCAGCAUCAUGCACAUGCCACUGAGAAAACUCAAGCUGAGAGACUGUUUCACCAUGCAGAGCAACAGGAGGUGCUGCAGUGCACAAUGCUGCUGGAGAAGCUGCAGAAGUUGGAGCAGGAGCAGCUACAGCGAGGGCUGCUGGCGAGGCAUGAGCAGGCAUCUGCAGAAGCACAGAGACACACGGCUUUGCGCAGGAGAGUUGAGCUGCACACCAUCUUCAGCGAGGAGAUGGACGAGGCAGCCAGGAUGGGUGAACUGGACAAGGACACGGCCAGCAAGCUGCUGCACCUCUACUACACCUGCCAAGACCAGCUGGAGGAGGUGUUUGAUUUGUUCGUGGCUAGUCAGAGGGCAGCACUAAGUGAGCGUCAGGUCCAGCGACGUUUCCUGUUGCAGAGCCUACAUGGCCUGCAGGGGGCACUAUUCGACACACUCAGCACUUCCUCCCAGUAUGUCGACAGCUGGUUUGCCGAGAUUCGCAGGGAGGGUGGUCUCUCUGAUCAGCAGUGUGCAGAGCAGUUGGAGAUCGCUCAGUUGGAGCUGCUGCGCAUUAAACAGACUUUAGAGGAAACACUGAGCCAUGAACGCAGCACCAUACACUGUGACCUCAUCAAAAGAAGAAGAACCCAGAUAUCCGAGAUGUUGUGUGAGCAGAAGCGUGAGCAGCAGGAACUAGGAGGUGUUUGUGAGGGGCCAGUGGAUCAGUAUUUGUUGCGGUGGCAGACACUCCUCUCCGCUCACAGCACACAGUUCUCAGAACUCAUCACACACCUGGACCAGGAGGCAGCGGCGGAAAUACGCAAGGUCCUGCUCCGUGUUCUGCAAGAGGCUGUAGUGGAGCUGAAGGCAGUGGGCAAUGCAGUGUCUCAGUCUCUGCAGACGCUGGGUGUCCCACGCUGGCUGCUGCAAAGGGAGGUGGGGGGCGAGGCUGUGGCUGAAGCCCAGGAAAGGCUGCGUGUGCGAGGUAAAGAAAUGGCUGCGACCCUGCGAAUACUACGGAGCUCCAUCCAGCAGCGCAGACUGCAAGAGCUGCAGCAGCAGAGACAAAUGAGAGAGAGACUGGAACAGUACUGCAGAAGUGUGUGUGCAUCUCAGUGGGCUCUGUCGGAGACGGAUCUGCUGCGUGUGAGGUUAGAGUGUGUAAAGUGUGUGUGUCGUCUUGAUCGCUGUCUGGUGCUGCCGCGUGCUCUCUCACGGGCCAGACUGUACACCACACUGACCCAUACCACUGGCCGACAUGCUCAGCCUGACCCCAGUGCUGAACCCUAUGGCCCCUCUCUUCUAGUCACAAAGAAGGGGCUGAGCUCUAGAGAGUGCUCUCUGGAACCAGGAGUCUGUGCUGGAGAUACAGGAGAUUUGCAGAGCUUCAGGAGGAGAUUGGAAGAGAGGAUUCACUUCCUUCAGCAGGAGAGAGAGAGGGAGAGCAGUGCAGAGGAGGAGGAGUUUGUGUGUGACGAUGUGAAGCAGCAGGUAUUUAUGUGCGAACAGAGUGUGGCGGGGGAGCUUGCGGCUCUGCAGUGGGAGAGAGCAGAGAGGAGGAGCAGGGUGUUGGAAACCCAUUCUGCUCUGCUGUCCCUACAGACACUCCUACUACAGCACCUCCGACACACACCCACAACACAAGAGCUUUCACACGCCAUACACACACACAGCCUGGCUUUAGAUGAGGCAGAGCUUCAGCUACAGAAGGAGGAGUCAGAGUGGGAGGAGAUAGCAUUUGGACAUGGCUCUGAUAAAGUGCUGGCUGCUGUUGCUGCUGAUGAGCUUGAUGAAGAGAUACUCUGUAUGGAUAAAGACAACAGAAUGGCUGCUAACCUGCAGGAGGCACUUUGUAGGAGAGAGGAACUCACACACAUUCUCACUGAAAGAUUAAGGGAGGCGGGAAGGAGGCGGCAGGUGAUGGAGGAUCUGAGGGAUCAACUGGAGUUGAAACGGCUUUACACACUCUGUGACCAGGAUUUGGUGUUAUCUGCAGCACUGGUGAAGCUCCAUGGUGUAUCAGUGAUGAGUCUCCAGGAACUCCUGCGCCUCCUUCUGCCUUCACUACCUGAAGGAGAACUACAGUCACUUACAGACGCACUUAGUCCUAAAGCAGGGAAAACACCCGGACCCUGCAGAGAACUGGUGGGCAGACUGAGGAAUGACAUAAUCAGCAAAAACCUGGCAACCUGCACUCAGCUCACAGACAGAGAAAUGGACAGACUCCUUAAGAAGAAGCAGAACCUUCUUGAAAAGCUGUUCACCAGCUCUCUUGCAGGACCUUCUAAAGGCAAACCGAAGGUUUCAGAGCAAGAGAGUGGACAUCAACCAAAAAUCUCUACAGCACAGCAGCCAGCAACCAGCCAGCCAGUCUCUGCAUCUGUUAAUGUAGAUAAGGAAUUUGCCAUUGGUCCAAGGCCAGGGGUGGGAGGGACCAGAAAGGAGGGGGUAUGGCCAACUGACUCCACCUGUGGUGAUGAGGCAGGUGUGGCCAUUGAGAGUGUGGUGUCUGGAGAGAAACUGUUUAUUUUCCGUAGCCCUCCACCAGCAAACCAAGAGCCCACCUCACUCACUUCAGCCCAUGGCCACAGGAAGAAAAGAAGCUUCCUCAUGUUCAAAAAGGGAACAGUGGCUCCUCAAGAGCAAACAUGAAGGAUGUAGGGAAAAAGAAACUGACUGAUUUGUGAUGUGAUAUGAAUAUGGAUGACAGAUUCAAUACAGCAGAUGUAUUAUUAUAAGCAUGACCAAAGACUGAGAGGCAAGACUUCAUUCUUGUGAUGUCUCUCUGUGACCCAGUUUUUUUAAGUCAACCAAAAGUCCUGUAGCUGCUUGCAUAAAACAUCUUAUAUAUUUGAUCUAUUUUAUCCACCCUGUAUUUAUUUAAUUACAAAUCAAAACUGCCAUUAAGUACAAGCUAUUCCUUUUUUUUAUCAGGACAAAACAGAAACCUUAACAAUUAAAAUUUAUAUAUUUUUCAGUAUCUGAAAAAUAGUUUCAGAAUCUGAAGCAAGAGUGGAGCUUGAUUUUCUCUUCUCUCUCAACAUAAAAGCGGUUAGUGCUGUUUAUUGGAUGCUGACAGUUUUGGUGGUCUACCAGGUCUUUCAGGUGGUUGUUAGGAGCCGCAUAUCUCCUGAAAACUUAAUGGAUUAAUGGUACUUAAUGGCUGUUUUGACUGGAAAUAAAAUGACGCUGGUCUCUUUUCCACAGUACUGUAGAUAGUGGGUAUCUCUGAUAAAAUGGCCAGAAUGUAUAGGUACAAAAAACUGGUUUACAUGGUUAUUGGACAUCUACAUUUAUUUUUAUCUUUUAAUUGUUUUUAAUCUUAAAUGAAGUUUUGGAAACUGUUUUUUUUCUGGUUCUGGUUUUAUUUUCAUUUGAUGUUCCCCUUUUUUAUGCAAGUGGAUUUACUUAUAUCUAAUGUCCUCAGAAAUAUGUUCUUUAGCAAUUCUAGAUGCACACGCAAUCAGAAAUUUGCAAGGCAGCUAUGGUUUGUUUGGACAGUUGCUUGUGAAAACUCAAAGGACCUCUUUUGGCACCUUGACUGUAGUGCAAGUAAAUGUCUAAAUAAAUAUAAAUGAUAUAUAAUGAAAUUAUAAAUCUUACCAUCAAACCACUCUCUCACACCAUCAAACUCUCUCACACUCGCCAUUAAACCCUCUCACUCACCAUCAAACCCUCUCACACUCACUAUCAAACUCUCUCACACUCACCAUCAAGAACGUUUGAUAGUGUGAGAAAGAGUUGGAUAGUGUGAGAGGGUUUGACAGAUAGUGAGUGUGAGAGAGUUUGAUAGCGAGUGUGAGGGGGUUUGAUAGUGACUGUGAGAGUGUUUGAUAGUGUGAGAGGGUUGGAAGGUGAGUGUGAGAGCUUGCUGCUGAGUGUGAAAAGGUUUGAAGGUUAAUGUGAGAGAGUUUGAUAGUGUGAGAGGGUUUGAUGGUGAGUGUGAGAGGGUUUGAUGGUGAGUGUGAAAGAGUUUGAUAGUGAGUGUGAAAGUUUGAU